UCGUUAUACAAGAAAAUCAUUUAUAUAAGAUGCUAUCCAGUUCAAAGUUGCCUCAGUGCCCAAUAUGCAGACAGGUGAUGGACGACCCACGUCAACUUCCAUGUGGACAUUCUUAUUGUGGUCCCCCCAAAAAAUGCUUGCUUAUCUUGAACUCGAACGAUCGACUGUUGUGCGCAAUGUGCAAAAUUGAACACAAAAUGGUCAUACAUAGUUUGAAACCAAUGUAUGGAAUUCGGGAGGUGCUAAAGGAAUUAAAGCAAACCGCCGAAGCAGUGACUUCGAAGAAGACAUCAUCAGAUGGUUUCUACUGCUUGGACCACCCCAAAUUUCCGAUUACCUUAUGGUGCAAGACAUGCCAAGAAACAAUGUGUGGCAACUGCGUGGAUUGUGACAAGCAUCUGGACCACCAGUUUGUGUCGUUCAACCAAAAUCUGAAGAAAAUACUCCAGGAACAGGUUGCAAAACGCACAUAUGAAAGAGAAAAUCACAUGCGAGCGGUUGAAUCGGAAAUUAUGAAAAUGAAGCUCAGGAUAAAACAUUACGACCAGGACCUGAAAAAUCUCGAAGAACUGGAGUGUGAUAAGAAACUGAAUAACAAGAAAUGGAACGAGCUACAAAACUUUUUAAGUGAAAAACAAAGCAAAAAAGCCAAAAACAUGCCAGAAAAUGAACUGAUAGAAUGGUUUUUCCGAGGAAACUUCAAGACAAAUAAAAUGAUUGAACAAAGAGUUUUCGCUGACGCGUCCACUUCAACAGAAAACACCUCUGGCUUAUCUUUUCAGGCAAAAACCGACGUGACCUCUUCUCCAACAAUGCGACAAUUUGAUCCAGAGCAUAUUGUCUGGAAAAGAACGAGUUUGAUGUAUGAUGAUCAUUUUUUGAACUCAUCGGCCAUUAAAAUCAAUCCAGUCGUCGUGUGUUUUCCUUACGCUCCAUAUCAAUCUGAACCUAUGCGUUCCAGUGCAAUUGUCACUGGAUUUUGCAUGUUUUGUAUCUCAAUCAGCAGAAACUUGAACAAGCUGCACGUCGAAAUUGUUUUUUGGGGGUCAAACAAAGAAACAAACUUCACAGUGGAAUUUGCGAAGCCGCACAAUGAAUCGUAUUGGAUUUGGCGCAACAAAGAACUGAAGGACUACACGCACAAAAGAACGACAGAAGUGAGUUGGCAUGAACUCAAAGUCCUGGAUUCGGAGGGGAGGUCUAUAAUUCGCGCUUCCAUUAGUUUUCAUGAUCUCAAAAGCGGUUAACUUGAACAACUUCGAAGGAGCUGACAAUAAACAUCAGACCGAAUACUUUUUCACCCAAUCUCAGCGGUCCAAAAAAGAUUGGUACAAAUAUAGUAAAUCUAAUAUAAUUUGUGUCGUAUCUGUAAACUGUAUGAUAUUGUAAUUUGUUUGAAAUAUUGUAAAU